AUGGCGUUGAUCUUGAGGGGUGAUGAAGUUGAAGUUUGCAGCAAGCAAGUCGGUUUUGUGGGUUCUUACUACGCAGCCAUUGUGAUCAACAACUAUGGCAACCAAUCCUAUGCUGUGCGCUACAAGAACUUGGUCUCAGAAGACGAUGAAUCUCAGCCACUCAUUGAGAUUGUCUCCGCCGACGGGGUCAGGCCCAUGCCACAUACCGUUUCGGCUACUGAGUUUUCUCUAUAUGAUGGGGUUGAUGCUUAUGAUAAUGAUGGCUGGUGGGUCGGCAGGAUUUCUGGGAAGCAAGACUCUGAUCACUACUAUGUGUUCUUCGACACAUAUGGGGUUGAGAUUCUAUAUCCACUCUCUCGCUUGAGGCCUCAUCGUGAAACCAAUGGCAUGUGGGCAGUCGUUCAAUCUUCUCAUGAAAAACCACCGCGCACCCUUGGUGCAGUGGUCACUUCAUAA